AUGUUUAAAGCGUAUGAAGAGCGAACGGAGUUGCUGCUAGAAGACUGCCGUGCAGGCGCUGGUCCAUGGCUGCGAUUGUCAACCAAUGCGUCGACUGGCGGCGUCGAUAUCCAGCAACUAGAGGCCAGUGUUGUGCAGCCCAGUGAAGACGUCACUACCGUGUCUAUACACGUAGUAUACGGAGUGUAUACUCUACUUAGCGGUCCAUACUUAGCGGUCGUAACGGAUUCACGUGUCGUGGGCUCGGGACCAAAUAGUGAAAAGAUUUACUGCGUUCUGGAGCUAAGACUGCUGCCUGUAAGCAUCGCUGCUCAUCAGAGCUUCUUUAAACACGCUAGUACUCGAGAGAAGCAAGAUGAGCGCGAAUACUGCCGUAUGCUUACGUCAGCACUAACCUCACGCACUUUUUACUUUAGCUACGACUUGGAUCUGACUCUGUCGGCCCAAAAACGGGCGUCAGCGUCGUCUUCAUCAGCAGCACAACGUCAGUCGCCAUUGUAUGUACGUGCAGAGGAAGAUUUCUUUUGGAAUAAGCCUGUGUUGGGCAAUUUCAUUGACUUGGAGCUCAGUGACUGGAUUGUACCAGUCAUUUCGGGCUUUGUAAAAGUCAUUAAGAAGUGCGACGUCAAUGGCCAACGCUGCGAUAUUUUAUUCUUUACGAGACGGAGUUGGAGACGUGUAGGUACUCGAUUUAAUGUACGAGGCAUUGAUAAAGACGGAUGUGUGGCUAAUUUUGCUGAGACGGAAAUGCUACUGGUUAAACCAACAAGGGGCAUCUGCUCGUACGUGCAGGUCCGAGGUAGUAUUCCUCUGUAUUGGGACCAGAUGGUCACUUUGAAGUACAUGCCGCGGACGCGCUACGCCUUCUCGGGACACACGAGUGUUGUGGAUUGGAAUGAAUUGGCUUUUCGUGCACAUAUGGACAACCUCAUCCAGCGAUAUGGGCACAUUACGUGUGUAAACCUCAUUGACAAGGCCGGCAAAAGUGCUACAGUACGCGAUCAAGCACAACUCGGCUCGGCAUUCGGUAAAUACGUUAAGAAGUACAACCAGCUCUCAAAAUCAGGCGAUGGAACCAGCUCCGUAGGGUCUUCGGCGGCACCACCGAUGCCGUUAUCUGCUUCUCCUGCGUUUCACGCCAUGUCGCCUCGUCAAAGCAAAAGCAUGUCGUUCUCGCUAUCCGCUGCACCGGAAUCGAACGGAAGCAAUGGAUUUGCAGCAUCGAAUGGAGGAGGUUCUGCUGCAGGAUCACCUACCAAUGCGUCCACAGCUAGCAUUGACAAAGUAAUUAGACCGCCUAGUGUUUCGACUUUGCAGACAUCAAUAUCGCUUCCCGCAAGAGAGGAACCACUGCCGCAAAUAAGUGUUCCAUUCGCGCCUACGUCGAUUUCACAGCUUUUUGCAGAGCCUAUUGCGUACGUGUGGUUCGACUUUCACCACGAGUGCCGUAAGAUGGCAUGGCAUAACCUAUCCAAGCUCAUGACAGAGGUAGAGGAACAGUUCACGCAGUAUGGAUGGUUUGAGUGUAACGGUGAAGGACAACUUCUCUCACGCCAGCGCGGUGUCUUUCGUGUAAACUGCAUGGACAAUCUAGAUCGUACGAAUGUGGUGAUGAGUCUCUUUGCGCGGCGUACGGUACUUAUGGCAUUACAGCUCUACCCGUCUAGCACCGGAAAUGACAAGUGUAAUAGUGUGCUGGAUUCACCUUACAAGAGUUUUGAGGUCGUUUUUAAAAAUGCAUGGGCCGACAACGCAGACUAUGUGAGCAGAAUGUAUGCUGGCACGGGUGCACUAAAGACAGACUUUACGCGCACAGGACGACGGACGAUUGCAGGAGCUCUGCAAGACGGCGUCAAUUCGGUGACUCGUUAUUAUCUCAACAAUUACUCGGACGGCAUUCGCCAGGAUUCGUUUGAUUUGCUUGUUGGAAACUUCACACCGGAUAAGCGGGAUGAGUCGCCAUUUACUUUCCAGCAGCAGCACAGUCUUUUGAACAUGAUGAUGGAGGCAGCAUUGGCUACGCUCGCAGUUAUCAGUGUGUCACUCAGUAUGCGCCUGGAAUUGCCGGUAGCGACUCGUGUGCGUGACGGUGUCAUUGCAGCAUUCGUGCUUUUUACCGUGAUAGGAUACCUCAUCUUGAAAAAGGGUAAGUUCCGUUCCAUCGGAAGGCGAUACGUUUGCAAGCCUGCCUUCAGCUCUAGCGGUUACAUUCGCCGGAAAAAUCUAUAG